UGCGAGGAGUCUCGACGAUCACCGCGUCGCCGCGGUGUCCACGAGAACGAGUCCACCAGAUCUGUCCCUCCUUCCGAUGUCUGCGAAUCCCUCCUCCGCUUCUGGGUCUGCCUUGUCCGCAAAUAGAUCCAUUCGUCAACCCCGGUUGGCGUAAACCCAAAUUGUAGGGAGCCAUCCAAAGAAUGCGACAACUUGACCGAGUGGAAGCUGCGUGAUCUAUACUAGGAACUCGCAGUUGGGCUUUGAUCAUACGCCAGGAAAGUUCCAAUCCUGAUCCUGCGUGGAAGGACGGUUGCAGCUAGAAGACUCCAUCAGCGGCAGGUCUUCGUGCUUCCGCUGGCCUAGUUUCGGAAGCGCACCUUCAUUUGAUUCUUGUUGGGUAUCUGAACUCCAGAAGGUGGAUUCGCAGGUGCGGCCUGGACGGGUUUUUGGAAGGCAAAGAUUUGACUACGGAGAAAUCAAGCGAGUAGCUCGUUAUUGAAGACGGUUGGAUGUGGAUCCUUGAUAGCUGCGGUUCAAAAUUUCUAACUGACCGAAUCUUGCGCACAUUCUCUGCGUCUUCGUAGUACCGUAUUGAAAAUUAGUAACUUGUCCGCUAUUGGUGCGAAUUUAGCUUCAUCGGCAAGUAUCCAAAAGGUGCAGGUAAGGAUGCCGGCGGGCAAGCUGGAUGUAUAUGUAAAUAGUGCAAACGGUCUUAAGGACACGGAGAUCAUUGGUAAAGCGGACCCCUAUGUAAUACUGAAAGCAGAGAAAGCAACCGGGAAAACCUCUACUUGCAAAGAUCAAGGCAGCUCACCAGUGUGGGGCGAGAUAAUCAGGCUGCGCAUCCCAAAUGGCUGCAAACAAUUGGUUCUUACGAUUUACAAUGAAAAUAGGCUUUACAAAGAUGAUAUAAUGGGGAUAGUCACAAUCAAGUUAGCAGAAGUAUUUGACCCGGAUAACAAGCUCCCUGAUGGGUCCUUCUUGAGCCCCUCGGCAGAAUAUCCAGUGGCUCGUCCUGACGGGAAAAUCCAAGGGAAAAUUUCUGUCGCCUUAAUCUUUGAAGAAGAUGGAACCGACCUCGGCCUUGAGGUUGUUCAGAGCUUUAAAGAUUCUUUGAAAAUAUUCCAAUGAGCUUAUUGACGGGCGUGGUCGAGAGCAUUAUUUGCUUUUGUUCAAAGAAACAGAUGCUUGAACCGACACCUUUGUACUUUCAUCGCUAUUGUAGCAUUAAGAAAUUGCUGGUGAUUCUUUUGGUAGGAUUUGAUUAGCAUAACAUACCCACGUGAGUCAGCCUUGUUAGCUCAAGGUGCAAGGAUGUGAAGAUUUCAACGUCUUUGAUCGCAUCGUUUAUCACCUUUGGUCGUCUUCUGUUGGUUCUAGAUUGAUCGACAUCCAUGCUGCACGGCAGAUGCCAAAGCAUCCCCACUACUAAAAAUCUGUACAUUUGAAUAUUAAAAUUCAUUCCUUCACCUGGUCGGAACCAUAUUCAUUUUCAA